ACUGGUAUUCCAAUAUUGGUAGGAGACAAAUAUAAACCGGUAUUCAUGAAUGUUCCUGAGGAAAAAAAGCGGUGAGAGGAAAUGAAUGGGCAGUGGGUAGUGAAGGUGUGUCCACGCAGAGCUAGUGUGGUUGCCCACAGUGGUGUGCUGCAGUCCGCUCCCCGCCACUGUGGAGUAAACUGUUCGGACAUUAGCGGCGCAGCCCGCCGAGCUGAAGCGGAUUAACACGGCGUGCGGCUGAGGAGAGCCGCGCUACCGACCGCAGAACCCGGAGUACCGCCGCGGCUCCGCCACGCCACUUUCCCGCUGCGAACAAGAACAAAGUCGGCAGAACCGCACAUCGUGACUGGAUCAGGCAGAGGAGAGCUCGGCGGGAAUGGCUUCAUCUCCGUGCAGCAACAGUAACUUUGAUUCCGGCCUGGAAAUCAAAACUCGCUCGGUGGAGCAGACACUUAUCCCUUUAGUAACGCAGAUUACCACGUUGAUAAACCACAAAGACAAGCCAAAGAAGUCUGAGCGCACCUUGACAGCCAUUCACAGGGUAGGUCAAGCUGUGAAUGUGGCAGUAGGACGCUUCGUUGCUGUCGGGGAAGCUAUUGCUUCAGAGAAUCAAGAGCUGAAGGAUGAGAUGGGUCAAGCUUGCUAUGAGGCACGCAGAGCAGGUGAUGCUAUAGCUCAGCUAACAGAUGUGGGAUCAGCCGCUCCAACCCCGUCGGAUGACCAUGUCACAGUGUUCAGUGACCGGACCGCGAUGGUAAAGGCUGCACGCAUGCUGCUCUCUUCUGUCACCAAAGUCCUAGUCCUCGCCGACCGCAUCGUCAUCAAACAGAUAAUCACGUCACGCAACAAGGUUCUUGUGACCCUCGAUCAUCUGGAAAGAGUGAGCACCUUCCAGGAGUUUGUACAGAUUUUCAGCCAGUUUGGCAACGAGAUGGUUGAGUUUGCGCACCUAACAGGGGACAGGCAGAACGAUUUGAAGGACGAGAAAAAGAAAGCCAGGAUGGCAGCAGCCAGAGCCGUGCUGGAGAAAUGCACCAUGAUGCUCCUCACAGCCUCCAAGACUUGCCUGAGGCAUCCGGAUUGUGAGUCGGCAAGGAUCAACAAAGACGCCGUGUUCCACCGAAUGCGCUGCGCCCUGGAGCAGGUCAUCGAAAUAGUUACUGAGGCACGGAGCUGCGGGGAAAACAAGAUCCCGUCUGCCAGCAUCUGCAACGGCAUCAAGGAUUUCAAGUACACCGUGGAGUCGCUGCGGGAGGAUUUGUUCUGCUUGACGCCGCAGAGCUUGACCGGCCAGCUGGAGGCGCUGGUGGAACGGACGGAGGACUUCACGGACUCGGCCUACACCAGCCACGAGCAGCGGCAGAGCAUCCUGAGUCUGUGCCAGCAGACGCGCCAGGACACCCAGCAGCUGGUGCUCGCCUGGGUUGGGGUGCAGCAGUCUGGUAGCUCCAAAGAGGCCACAGAGAACUUGGAGGUGGCCAUCCUGAAGACGUGUCACAGCAUGGGAGACCUGAGGCGGGAACUGCAUAAGGUGGCGGUGGGCCGGGCCUCGGAUCUGUUGAAGGUUCACGGAGAGCAGCUGCCUCUGAGGGCUCUCAAAGCUGCAGGUGCCGAAGGAAACCUGGAGGCAGUCGCGGAUUAUUCGCGCAAGCUCACCGAGCAAAAGGAGCAGCUGGUGGAGACAUGCCGACUGUUAUGCCAUGUAUCGUGUACAGAACCACUGGAGAUUACCUGUAUUCAUGCAGAAGAGACCUUCCAUGUGAUCGGCCCACAGAUCAUCUCCGCUGCGCAGACUCUGGCCCUCCAUCCUUCCAGUAAAAUCGCCAAAGAGAACCUGGACGUCUUCUGUGAGGCGUGGGAGUCUCAGCUCUGUGACAUGGCUCUGCUGCUGAAAGAGAUCAAUGAUGUUUUUGAAGGACGACGAGGUGAUAAGAAGCCAUACUUAUCACUUCCAAGACCUGGGAAGCAUUCGGCUGGGCUGAAAACUGCUAAAGCUGUCAAGUUGGAUGCAGAGGAGCAGACAAGUAUGGCCAAGCUGGGUCUCGAACUCCGUUUGCUGUCGUCGGACGUAGAUGCCGAGUUAGAAAAAUGGGAGGAACAGGAGCACGACAUCAUCCGACAGAGCCAGAGCCUGGCCAGCAUGGCCUACAGCAUGUACCUGUUCACCAGAGGAGAAGGCCUCUUGAAGACUACGCUGGAUCUUUUUCAUCAAGCAGAGGUUCUGUCUGAGGAGGGACUCCAGCUCUGCUUGUCUCUGCGAACACUUUCUAUGCAGCUGAUAGACGAGGAGAAAGCCGCCGUGUUGACAGAAACGGAGAAGCUGAUGGCCCUGUGCCAGCAGCUGCAGAUGGGGGCCAAGACCCCCGUUCAGGGCAAGACUGCCACCUUCCAGAAGGUGGACUCAACCAUUCAAACAAGCAGAAGUCUGAUGGCGGUGGUCCUCCCCCUCCUUCCUCUGUGUAACAAGCUCCUCCGAAAGCAUAAAUCAGAGAGAACAAGCCUCAGCUCCCCUCAGGACUGGAGGGAGACGCAGGACACGUCCGCUCCCGUUAAGGAGGACACGGCUCUGAACGGAAACAGCAGCAACGGCUUUGGAGUCAAGUCUUUGGAGGAGCACAUGGCCAGCCUCAACCUGCUGGAGAGCAAAUAAUUCAGACGAUUUUCAUGUUUUUGCUGAGCAAAUCUUCAAUCUAAUCACUGAGCUAAAAAAAAAAUGAUCAGAAGUCAGGAAGAGAAGCUCCCGUCAGCCAUACACCCGUCUUCACCGUGUGCCUCAGUGUAACAGACCUGUGUGCUUUGUGCCGUAUUAUUCAUGUUUUGGACAAAAAAAAUAACACACAACUCCACGUCCUCCAUGAUGCAGUCAUCACUAAAAAACUUUGUGCAAUCAUAGCUUGUCUCCUUGUGGUGGUCAUACGAGUAUUUUACACAACAUUCCUCACGUUCAUCCAGCGAGAAAAAAAGCUGUUCGAUGCCAAAUAUCUGACUGCAAACCGAUCUGUCCCCCAGUGGAGACAGUUUUUACCUUAUUUAGGAACAGAACGGAUCAGUAAAGCUUUUCAUGAGAUAUUAUAUCAGAUAUUCUUAAAUAUUACUGAGAGGAUUUGGAAUUUUGGGAAGCACUGACUGUACAUGAGAACUGGACUGAGUGACCCCACCUUAUGUUACCAACAGGAAGUACCUGCUGGCUCCAAGAAGCCAAAUAUUUUACUAAUUUUAAUUGCCUCAAUUACAGUUGUUGAUCUUGCGGCAAAAUUGUAUAACAUUUGGAAGGUUCUCCAGAGCCUGCUGUCAGUGGUAGGGGUGUGGCCUGUCAACAAGCUCACUCCUGAUUGGUCCUCAGUGGGUGCCGAAGAAAUAUUGACUCAGACCAAUUACCGACGAUUUCUGGCUCCAAUGUGACGGUGCAUGAAAAAAGAAGGGAGGGUGACAUCACACAUAAUCAGUCCAGUUGUCAUUUACAGUCAAUGAUCUAAGCUCAACAGCAUUUAUGAAUUAAUAUGAUAUAUUUCUAAGUAUAAGUAUAUAUGGUACUUGACAGCAUAAUGACUUUGGGGUUUGUAGACGCUCUGAUAAUGAUUGAACUGUGUGUGAGCAGCUAAGAAUUGUGGCAGCAGAGAUCAUAGAUCUAGUUUUGGAUCACCUCUUCUUUUGACGACUGAAAGGUGAAGAAAAGAGACAAAAUAAACAGUAUUUUUUUUAAUAAAAAAUAAGUCUGGUCGUUUUCUUUACAUUAAAAAAACGGUUUACAACAGACCAUUUCAAACAUAAUUCUUUGCCAAAAAAAACACAAGAAGACUUUACAUAAUGUUGAGACUGAAACAAAAUCUACAAGUAUUGAUAAAUACACAGUUUUCAAUAUAUCAGUCUUGAGG